AUGUCACCCGAAUGUGAUUUUGGUUCAUUACGCAAAAUAAUGCUGCCGCCGAACUGUCUAACCAUUCCAAGAACCGAACUACCAAUGGAACAGUUGCUCAACAUACACGGAUCACACACCGAUACAUCCUAUCAAAAUUUGUCGUCACCAUCAAGAAUACAACCCGAUGACGUGUCGUCGACGUCCGCAGAAGAUCCGAAAGAGAAAGAAGACUCUGAGAUUCUACGCAUUUACGACGGCAAUAGUUCGCUCAGGAAUCAAGUUUAUCGCACUGCCAGUGUCCCGAAGACAGCCUCCGUGCAAUUAAUUCGUGAUAUCGCUCUACGAAGGUUCCAUAUAACGGACAAUCCUGAUUCGUAUUAUGUUACUCAAGUGCUCAGUGAUAAUGGGGAAGAAGAGCUGUUGGAAGAUCCAGUCCCAAUGCGCAACGUGAAACGACCUGAAGGUCGACGAGCCCAAAUUUUCCUCAGAUACAAAGAUGAUCCCGAGAAAGCGAUUGUAAAACUUUACGGUGGUUGGUUAAGGGUACCGGUAACAUUCUGUACUUUGACGGUAACCAAAGAAACGCUUGUACAAGAUGCGAUUGCGGAAGCACUGGAUCGUUUCGGUUUGGAGCGUUCCACGGCAAAUCGCUACAAUCUCAUUGAAGUAUCGCUGGAUAGAGGUGUUGCGGAAAGAACCGCGAAUCCACAAGAAAACAUGCUUCAACUUGUUCGAAAUCUUAGGAAGGACUCAUUAAGACGAUAUCAUGUUGUUCGGUUCUACAUUCAAGAGAAAGAAGACCCUCAUGACCAUGCGGUCUUCGUCGGUAAUCUGCCACUUUCGUUAGCACAACGACAAUACGAAAGGAUAUUGCUACGAUUACUUGGUGCGAAGGAGAAGCCAUUCACGGCCAUUGGACCGAUAUAUUUUGAGUAUGGCUCAUUGGUGAUC